GAACAGAUCUACUCAAGCGUAAAAAAUUGAAAGAACAUCCGGGAACUGACAAACUACGAAGACCAUCAAGCAUCGUACCAAAUCAACAAGUCCGCCAACGAUCCCGUUCUCUUUACGUUCCUCAAGUCGGUGCCUCUCGAGAACACCUAGUCUCAAACCCAGAAUACCACGAACAAAAAGAGCCUGCCACUUCAGAUACUUUGACACUGAACACUGAUCGAUCCGGAAGUCAAGUUCCCUUCCGGGAAAGCACCCCUAAUCGUGAACCCCCUCAAACUGACCCAAAAGUAGUGAAUUACCUCCAUCCUUCAAGUGCAACAAUGUCCAAUGAAACCUUAAGUCGAUCGCCGCACGGUUCUUUUCGACGCCAGAAUAACCUCAGUUUCCGAGACCGAGAGGUAAAUUACACUCUUCAGCAGGCCAUGUCUGACCACCUGGACCAAUACGGCCAUGAACAUGUCGCGAUGAAGCCUAGUUUUCGUGGUAGCCAAUCACCACAGAGGAUGCAUUUUCCCAAAUUACAAACUGCUCAAACUCCUUCCAAUAUUUCUCAUCAACCAACAGACUACGCUCCGGAUUGUACUCCCGAUUCUGGAGUCUCAGAAAGCAUGGACAAUGAUGACCUCUUUCCGGGGCACGUGCCCCGUCGAUCUACCCUUCCUAACCUCUAUGCCGAGAGCUUUCAGGGCCAAACGGAUCCCGGACUCGUUUCUUUCGUCCCUAGUGACAGUGAGGCGGAGAGUAAUGGCAGUAUGCUUACCCCCCAGACACGUGAGAAUGCAUCCUAUUCCAACCCCAAAAGAACAGUAUCACUUUAUGGUGGGGUGGCAAUGAGACAACCCCCCUCCCAACCUCAACCUAGCAAGCCCGGAGUUAUCAAGAGGAAGAAAAGCCUUCCUGACGUUCAGGUGGCGGCCAUGAAAGCUAAGGUGAUGACGAGAGCUGAAGUAUCCGAGUUGAGUUCCCAGAGGAGAGGGGAAGUCCGAAGGAUGAUGGUGGAGGCCGAACGGCUUCGCACUAACCCACUGUUGUAUGUCUUCAACCCCGGGGUAAAGGAGUGGUUCUCGAAACAACAGUUGGUGAUUAUGGUUCUGUUCGUCAACAUCAGCCUAGCCAUCAUGUUCUUCAAGCUUCUGACAUAAUCACGCCCAGUAAAAAUGCUUUGGAAUCUAACACUUCUGAAACCUGGGUGUUGCCGAGAGGACACGAUCAGCCCAGAACAGGAAGCAACAUUUUGAAAAGUCCAACAAGAUAACACGCUCUUUUACGUUUCUUUAAUUAUUUGCACUUUGGAGCUUCGCCACGCCCUGGAAUCUAACACUUCUGAAACCUGGGUGUUGCCAAGGGAACACGAUCAGUCCAGAACAGGAAGUAACAUUUUGUUUUGAACAGUCCAGCAAGAUAACACGCUCUUUUACGGUUUUUUUUUUUAUCCUUCGCACUUUGGAGCUUCGUUACCGAGAUUCGUGCAUGAUAAGCAAAACUACUGAAAGAAACUGAAACCUAUACCGAAUGUUCAGUUGAGACAUGAAAUAAAGUCAUGUACUACCUCAAGCAACUUUAUACGUCACAUAUGUUGUUUUACAGCACGUAGUAAACAAUCCCGCUUAUGUUAGGCCAUUGUAUUUAGAUCAUAUAAGUGAUAUAAAGUCGAUUAUAAAAAAAAAGAAAAGAAAAAAAGAAAAUGACAAGGUUUUUAAAAGUUGUCAUUGAGUAAAAUAAAAAGUGUAAUCAUAUAAUGUUAAAUCAAGUAUACAUUUUAGACAAAACAUGCUAGAACGGUUCCUUAUGCUUUU